CCAAAUAAACUUGGACCCAGUACCGCGCGGAAAAAGUGACUCGUACGUCUCCACACAUGUUUUGACGUUUUUGCGCUGUUAGGGUGUUAAAUGUUAAAACCCUACGACGAUUGUCUUUGUAACCGCCAUGCAUGGUUUUUUUUUGUCGAAUAUUGUUAUUGUUGUUCCUCUAUGAACAGUGCCUGGAUGCGUUAUCAUAAACACAUGAAAAGAAAGAAAGCUUUGUUGGCCAAAAAGAUGGAAAAUGCUCGAUUGUGGCACAGGCAGAGAGUGCAGAGAAUCCAUCUUCAGUCAUGGAUUGUAUCCUUAUUGCAACCUCAGUAUUUUCUAGAUAUUUAGCUCAAUUAAUUUGCCAAAAUGUAGAUGAAAUUGAUAGUGCUGUACUUUGAUUUGUUGUUUGGCUUUUGUGCGUCGUUAGGGGAUCGGCUUAGCCUGUAGACCCAGACGUAUUUCCGAUCUUUGCUUCCCUCCACCCAAAAAGAGAAGCGACGACCGGAAAUGUCUGUGUCCGCAGGCGAGGGAUUGCUUGGCAUUAAUUCAGGUGGAACUAUUGAUUCCCUCUACCCUUUUUGUAGUUGCCACACAGGUUACGCGGAGGCCUUUACCCACUGACACAAUCAGGUCUGUUGUUAUUGUAACUAAUUUUAGAGUAAGUGAGGUUAUACCGGCCAUGAAUAUGAGUGGUUGAUUGCAAGCUAACUGUGAAGAAUAAAUACAAUUAUUGUUUAUAACGAAAUGUUACUAGCCUGUUCGCAAACCUUCUGUUUUCUCUUUAGAGAUCGUCGAGUACGUCGAGUACGGUGGCCAAAUUACUUACUCGCUAAAUUACUCGGAAAAAAGAAAGAAACAACGUCUAUGAACUAGCCUGCUGCAUAACAGGCGCUUUAUGAGCCAACGAGGCGAACGCGGCAUUUUGCGCGAUGCUCGAGACGAGCGCGGCUUUAUUUUUUUCUUCUCCCCUUGUCUUGCGCUUGUCGCAAAAUUCCGGGUUUGCCUCGCUUGGCUCAUAAAGCGCCUGUUAUGCAGGCUUUGAAGUCACUGUAUCGGCACUUCAUGUUUUUGAUCCUUUACUAAAUAUGAUAUGAUGAUGCACAUAGGAAUGGGUCUCAGAGAGAAAGGAAAGGCAGAAUGGUGGGUUGUUUGCUCGCUGUUGCGAUUUUGAAGAUUAUUGAACCAACUGCCGUAAAAGCUAGGAUACCUUUUUUUUUUUCAGUGAUAUCAACAAGGAUCCGGAGAGUGUUGGCAAUCUCACUCUUACGUGUGGUGUUUGAUGCUUGGCAUAGUGUUGCUGUGGACGCAAGAAAGACCAAGGAAUACUUUGAGGUGAGAGAGUUGGCUACAGCUGCAUAGACCCAACAAUUUAAAAAAAAUGCUUGAUAGUCACUAUCACUCUCUACUUCUCAAUUCCUUUAAUAAUCGAUAGUCUUCUUGACUGAUUUAAGUUUUUGUUAAACAUGGAAAUUAUUUCAAACCUUCAAGUGAAGGCGGCCUUUGUUGAAUCAUGAGUGAUUAUCUCAAUUUCUAUGCUGAGAAAUGAACAGAACAACUUUAAAAUAGUUCCAUAUCUAUCAUGCAGAGGAUUGAAAGAGGAGAGAUUAUAGACACAGGAUAUGAAGGCUUCUUCCGCGUCAGAGCUGAUGGCAAAGAUGAAAUUUCAUCUCUUCCGAGACAUGUCGCUUUGCGGGUAAGUAUAAUGUGGUGGUCAGGUCAAGUAGCGUUAGGGAUGCUACCAGCAAAGCUGUUGUCUUUGUCGGCGUUGUAAACUACGUUAUGUGAGACGAUCUUUUCCUGCAAAUUGUGUUGAUAAAUGAGGCAGGUUACAUAGUACGUUGGGCAGUACAAUACUACUUUUUACAGAGUCCAGUGAGAGAGCUCACUGUUGAAAGUGAAAGUAAUCGUGAAAAGAGCAUCUAGUGUUUAGUACCUAAGUUCAUUGUUUCAUGUUAUAACGCUCAUUUUGCAUCAAACUUCAGAUUUUCAGUCACGUGAGUGUAGGUGACUUGGGACGAUGUGCGCGUGUCUGUAGGAGCUGGAAAGUGUUGAUUCAGGCGAAUAUUCUGUGGAGCAAGGUAACUAUAUAUAUUCAACAACAAUGUGAACUUAUUUGAAUAUUGUAAUAAUGCUUCUUCUUUUAUUUUUUAGGUUGACUUUUCCAAAGUAAAACACAGGUAAUAAAAGAUUAUUGUCAAAAACGUUUUUUAAAGUGAAUAUGCCUAUUUUGCUUCUCCUUUUGUCUAACACUAAACAGUAAUUAUGCACUUGAUUUGUUAAAUUCUUUUAACUGUUUUGAUGUUGUUUACAGUGCAACAAAUAAAGUUGCAGCCAGCUUGAUCCACAAAUGUCGUCCAUUUUUGGGACAUCUUAACCUGAGAGGCUGUUAUAACCUGACAAGUGAAAGCCUUAAACUCACAGGUAAUUUACUCAGUUGCGGAUCUUCCUUUCGCACAAACGAAAUAGCAUUAUUGUAUUGAAUACAUGGUAGUAUUCAGUCUACUUGCGAAUCCCACGUCUACCAUGUGCGUACGUCCUUGAUUGUGUCCGGCCACAUUUUUUGUUUUGUCAGACUUUUCGGUAGCCACUUGAAGGACAUAACUCAUUUCAAGGUGCAGUUCAUCAGUAGAUGUAAUAAUUAUUCAUUCAAAUAUGUUUUUCGUGUCUGAUUGGCUCAAGAGCCCCGGCUAAUUCUUUAAACUAGACCUGCUACCGUUUUUGCGACAUGUGAUACCCAGUUAAAUUAGAAAAGGCUAUCGCCCCAGGCGGUGUGCGUCAGGACCCACAAAGGUUCAUGGGUAAAACUGUUUAUGUGCCUCAUUUCAAUCGUGACACAGUCGAGUUCGCAUCUCGUGAGAGAGAGAAAUCAAAAUCCGGGAUAAAACGCUCCUUCCUUUUCUGAAAAACAUUACCGAGGAGAGCGAUUUGGAGAAUUUUCAAGAUCUCACACUGGCCUUAGAUGCUUGUCAUUGGCUUCAUAAGGUAAUUUCAAUAAGUUGAUCGCGAUUCGGAGACGAUCGAAGGUGCGAUUUUAGCCGAUUUUAAGCGGCGAUUUCCUGCUUCUCAGAAGAUUUUAGGUACUGUUUAGUGCUGUGCUUAUAUGUAUAUUUCUAUCUCACAAGAGUGAAAGAGACCUGUAGCUCAUACCUGGAUUUGCUUAAAUAAAAAAUUUGUCCAUUUAAUAGUAACGUUUGAUGGACUUUAUUAACCGGGCCGGCAAGGAGGGGGAGCACUAACAAAGAGCAAGGUGAGAAAUCUUGCAUCUUCUCUCGUAACAAUUUUAUUUUCAACGACAAUUUUAUAUUAUUUUGCAAAUAGUGACUGUUUGUAAUCCUUGUAAGCAAAUAAAUCUUCUAUAGGCAAAAGUAGCGCCCAAACAGCUACAGAACAAUAGGAAUUUCACUGAAGCUACGGCCGCAGAAAUAAACCACAAUCUUGUCUGUACGUUCUUUAAAGUUAGCGCAGUGUAUCGAUUUUGUUAUAAACCUAGCCUCACAGUUUUAAAAUCCUGUAUUAUGUUGUCUAGAUCUUCGAUAAUGGUUUUGUGUUUUGGUUGAGAUUUAUUCCUUCGCGUAAAUUUACAUGAGGGAUGUGCAUACACAUAGCACAUACUGCAUGCAAAUUAUUUAAAGACACGCGUAAGACACUGGGUUGUGAAAAAUGUUUUGUUUCCAAAGGUUAUCACAAUAUUCAAACUUAUUUACCUUUUCUGGUUCAAAAUGAAACAAACUCUUCCUGGAAUUUGCGUUACUCGCUUUACGUGGGCUUCCGCUUCGGUAAGUUUCUCAGCCCGUUUCCCGGGACUUGUGCUACUUGGCUGAGACAAUCUCUUCAUUCCAAGAAAACAGGGGUAGACCCGGGUAGAAUAUGUACCAGAAAUACCUACAACAAGCCAUGGGCGCAGACACAAGGGAGACUCCAAAAUUUACAAAGAAGAAAGGUUAAAGUAACAAGUUGAUCGAAAUAAUCCGAUAAAACCGCUGACAGUAACCGGCAAUGAAUCCAAGAAGAACGGCGAAAAUAACACUCAAAUCAUCCUGGCGGCUUGCACAUGACCGAGCAAUUCAAACUUGUCAAAAACGCUCAAGAAAGCAAAAUAUUUAAAACUAACGCAACUGCUAUCAAGAUAAAGUGUUCCACUUUCCACAGCAGUAUUGUGUCGAAAUUACCUACACAAGCUUGAAAUAAAGCGAAAAUUUCACUCUACAAUAAAUCUACAAAUCGCUCUACAAAUGACGCAUUCUUAUUGGUCAAAUCUCGUGACGCACACCGACUGCUAUCGCCCAAAACGGGGUGAAAACCGAGAAGCGAUGAGGACCAAGGUGUCUUUUGGUAAGGCUGGAGAAAAUAGCGGGAAAUUGCACACGUUUUGUGAAGAAAAAAUAGGUGAACGUCUGCCUAAAAACAUCGCAAGAAUAUCAAAAAUACCACUCAGCGAAUGACAACUGCUGUUUAGAGAAUAUCUGCUAGACUAAUCAUCCCUUUAUAUCCUGGGUUUGCCAAGAAACAGACAAAUAAAGACGGGAACAUAACAAUGAUCAAAGUAUGUUUUAAGUAGGAUUGUGAUAUUCCUAGACUUUCACUCAACUAAACAGGGACUUCCAUUGGUUGAUUCUUGAUCACGUGGCCUUGACUAAAAUCAAAUGUAUCCCGAUUGUGAUACAUUAGAGACCUGUAGAUUCUAAGACAAGUACGACUACGAGUACGAGAUUUUCUCAAUACUAAGGAGUGUACGUGCGUUAACCAGCGUCAUUUUGGCGGGGAAAUGUGAUGGCCGUCGUCACUCUACUACGAGUGACGGAAACAAGUUAUCAAAUGUUAGAAGUUUUAUCAUUUUGCGAUCGAGAGAGGGUGUAACUUCCUUCACUUAAGGUAACAGUGCUAACUUUUCCAGUGAAAAAUGGUAAAGUGAAGCUUUCCGGGGAGGAGUCUAUAUUUUGAGAAUACGCGAAAAAACUUUAAGUCAAAUCUCGUACAGAUCGUAGUUGUCCUCGUCCUUGAAUCUAAUGAUCUCUAUUAAGCAAUGUAGCCCGCUCGGGAUACAUUACAGAACAACGUGAUCAAAGCAUGGUGGAAAGUGGCGUGACAGAAGGCGGGGAAAACCAACACUGCCAGUUUUCGUUUUCGUGAAUGAGCACAACAACACAAACACGAAGUCUCAAGCUAAAAAGCAACGAUUUUUAAAGUUAUCCCAGAAUAGAAACAGCAGCUAGUGGAGGAAAAAGAUGCAGAUAAUGUAAGGAAAGUACUUUGUAAAUCAUUUAUUCAGUGGUUUUGAGAAUUAAAUUUGUGUUGUUAUAAGUACCGAGUCGAUUGUUUUGGUUCGCUCCGGUUAUUCUUUUGUUCCUGUUGAAGUGAAAGUCUAAAAAUAUAACAAAACACUUAAUGUCAGGGCCCUCGGGAAACUAGUUAGUUUAAUUUGUUUUCCCGAGAGUCCUGAUGUUUCCCGAGACGAAGUCGAGGGAAACAUCAGGACUUUCAGGAAAACAAAACUAACUGUUUCCCUUGGGAUCUGACAUUAAGUGUAUAACACGACGCUACGGAGCGUACACUUGGGCGUCGUGGUUGUGGAACUUACUAAUUGUAAAUGCGGAGGAAUAGUAAUAGAUGAAAUAUGGUAAGAGUAAGGUGUUAAUUUGUGAAAUUAUGGGAUUUGUCAGGAUAUCCUGAAAAGAGCAACAUCCAAGAGGCCUACUUGCCAAAAACUAAUAUUUCGGGACAAAUUGUCCCCGAGAUAUUAGCCCAGUUAUGCUCUGAUGGCUCCAUACAAAUCCUUCUAAAUUUGACUUGGGUCUUAACGUUUAGACCCUAGUCAAAUAUGAGGUUACUGGCGGUGAAUAACAAGUCUAAUAAAACAAACAGUGAAAAAAGAAUUCUCUAUUUUUCUUGGUCACAUCAGGCUUCAAAACAGCAUAGCAGUCUCAUUUACUGAUUAAAGAUAUGUAAGGCAUGGGUAAGGAGUCCAUUACGUUGAGCAUGGAAUUCGCUAAAACUCAAUGUUACGAGUUCGAAUUUUUUGAGGAUAAUUAUUCACUGACUAUCAACACGCAGGGAUGUCGGAUUAACACAAGGAAGUUUAAUACCAAAGGAACAAAGCUUUUACAGAGCUUUACAACACAGCAUCCGCCAACACAAACUUGACUUGAACUUAAGUAAAACUAAACAGCCUCUACCAAUAAUAACAAACUCUCACUUGAACUUCAGAUAUCUUACGGCCUCCGCCAACUUGUAAACACAGAACUUGAAAAUCGACCUUCGUCACACUUGACUCUGUUGACUAAACACAGCAAUCAAGCUCGUGGGAAAAAAACUUAGUUCGUCAAAAGAACUCGCUUCUUGGAACGACACAAGGUUCUAGAAAAUACUAAACGGGCGAAUAGUAGUAGCCUUUCGACAUAUUUUAUGAUUUCGGUAACUGAUGCAAAUCUGCUGACUCAUGCUGAAACGUAAACAUGCCCUAAUUAAUUAUUCAUGAAUAAUCCAAAAACGUAGAGAACGUUCGAGAAAGUCACGCAACGCAUGAAGGCAAUUUUGCUACGUAACACUCAACAAAGACAAAAUGUCUUUGUGCAGCAUUUUGUAACCUUAAAAUUCAUCAUAACACAGUUCGAAAGGAGGGCUCACUCGUGAAAUGUUUUUCAACACUCGAAGAGAAAUUUGGUGUCUCUGUGCGGCCAUGUAAUAUCCUCUUUUUAUUCCUCGAGUAAAUUAAAGACUAACCUCGAAGUGAUCUCAAGAUAUCACGAAGUAGUCCGUCUCAUUUCGUGAAAUAGCCGAAACAAGCCUAAAAGUCACGAACUUGCACGCCCAAUCUUGUCCCGAAACUAGUGCAUCAUUUCAUAACUAUUUUUCAUAUCCCGAACAGUAGCGCAAUCGGCUAAUCCCUCAACUUAGAGUCUCCUUUGAUCUGACGGGUCACACAGGUGAGUCGGUUCAAACCCCGGGAAAGCCAAAUAAUUCUUGCUUCCUCGAAAAAGUUUGAGAAUAAGUCAAAGAAAUCGAAGUGAUCUCGAGAUAUCUCGAACUAAUUCGGCUCUCACUUCGUCAAACAGCCGAAUAAAACCGAAAACCUACAGACUUUGCGUGCCCAAUCUUGUCAAAAAAGUCAACUUUGAUACAUUCCUGAGCGUCGCGAAUCCUUUACUUCGCGCUCCGCCGAAGUAAUAAUUGCUUUGAAUAACUAAUAAAACAAUGAUUGGAUUCGAUUCCAGUGCGUGUGAUCGCAAGAAUUAUGCAGAUCUCGAAGGGUGUUAUCCUCCCAGGCAGAAGAUCUCCAUAAUUCUUUUGAUUAUACGAUUUGCUAAACAUUUGUAUUUCUGAAAGACGUUUUAAUCGUUGCAAUAGUGCCAAUCAACUCUGGAUGACCAGAAGCUGCUGUCAGUUAAAGAAAGCAAGUAUAUCUCUAUCAAAACAGCAGAGCUAUCACGCGUUCUGUCGAUUACCGUUGCAAGACUUGACGUCGGUUGUACUGUUAUCGGCAGACUGCUUCAAAUUUGGUCGACUGUAGGCAGUUAUGAAGAACUGGACGGGGGAUAUGAGCGCAAUCAGAAAUGGAAAAAUCUGGGAAAAAAUGAUCACUGAAAGAUGUUAAAGGGAUUGUUAUUAAGUGGUAAACAGUAGGUAAAAACAUUUGACAGACAAAGCAAUAUUCAAUUCAAUCUGUCGAAUGUCCGUCACAUAAUUUUUUUUAUCUGGAUCGCAUUUUUCAGCACAAUGCAGAAAUCUUCAAGACUUGAACUUAUCUGAAUGCUCUGGGUUAACGGUAAGUUAGCUUUUUUACUGAUAACAUUUCUAAUUAUAGAUCAGUUUAAUUGUUACUACACCAUAUUUUGCUUAUAUCAAGCAAGAAAGGUAUUGUUUCAUCUGAAAACGGUGUUUUUGUUAGGAUGAAGCCAUCAAGAAUAUUGCCAUGGGCUGUUCUGCUUUGCUGUACCUUAACUUGGCAAACACGCCGAUCUCUGAUGCCUCUCUCAGAUAUCUUGGAAGGUGAAAGAACAGAGCAUUUAUUUUAAACUUUUUCUUACAGCAUCUUUCUUUGUAAUACAUGUCAGGGGCACCCAACGUCAAUUUUCGGAAAAUAUCUGUUCGGAAGACGAUUUGAGAUCUAGAUUUUUCGGAACAUUUUUGGUAAAAUUUCUUGCUUGCCUACCUCUCCUAGGAUUUUUGAACAUCUAAAAAUUGGUGUAUUUGCCCAUUUUUAACGGAUUUUUACCUUAAAAAGCUCAACUAGAAUUUUAGGAAGCCUUUUUACUGGAUGAAAUUUUCGAAAAGGUAAGUUUUGAUCCCUAUGAUUUUCGGAUCUCGAGACUUUCAGCUAGGAAAUCCGAACAGAUGAAAAAUCUUUAGGGGAUAAAAAUGUGCCUAUAUCUACCGUUUAAAUACUAAAAUACUUUUAACAAUGCUAUGUUUAAGUAGUUUUGAACUAUAUUCUCGUUGGGUGCCCCUGACAUGCGUGUACUGUAUUCGGCUUUCGCCAAUUGUGAUCUUUCUACUGAAAGCUUUUGAGGUGUUGAUGUAUGUUCUUGGACGUAAAAGGUCGAACUUUGGUAUUCUUUCAAAUCUUCGAAGAAUAAGGAGUAUUUAUGACUUGGAACUGGUUUCAUUAUUGAGAUACUUCAUUUCUGAGCUUACUCUUUCACGCGUUUGAUGAUGACAACAGCAAAAACAAAACUAUAUCCGAAAGUAGAUUGAGUUUGAUCGUCCGGGUGCACGUAGUCCUGAAUAUGACUGUUGUUGUUGACAGUGACUGAUGUUGCGACAACCUGUGCGGUAGUCAUCUUCAGAGUCAAAGUGAGUUGGUAUCACGUCAGUUGAUGGUAUUACACUCUGGUUAUUGAUUAAUCAAUAACCAGAGUAUAAUACCAUCUGGUUAUUGAUUAAUCAAUAACCAGGGUAUUAUACCAUCAACUGACGUGAUACAACUCACUUUGACUCUGAAGAUGACUACCGCACAGGUUGUCGAAACGUCAGUCACUGUCAACAACAACAGUCCUAUUCAGGACUACGUUCACCCGGACGAUCAAACUCAACCUACUUUUGAAAUGACUCCCGGGUUCAAACCUUUCACAAAACUAUAUCCGUCUUGCUUCUCUUUUUGAUGUUAUAUUAAGUGUCAGGCAGGACUUGUUUAUUGGUAAUGUGAACAAGAUGUAGGUAUAUUUUUUUGCAGUUAAACUGACGUAGCUUGAGUUGUUUUUAGGUACUGUACAAACCUGUUAUACCUGAGCUUAGCUUACUGUACAAAGUUCACCAACAAAGGCCUUAGUUACAUGGCUAAUGGAAAAGGAUGUCAUAAAAUAGUACACCUGGACUUGUCUGGAUGUGAACAGGUAAUGAAACGGCUUGGUCAAGCUGUUAUCAAUAUCUUGUUACGCUGGAUCGUACAAUCCAAACUCCAUGUUAUGUAGAACGACCUAUCCAAGGCGACCACCUCCCAAAAGCGACCACCUUUCCAAGAUACCAAAAUUUUCCCAGUCAAAGCCCUAUAGUUGUAACCUAUUGUGAACGACCACCGCACUUAGUAGGCGAUCGCGCCCAACUUUUUGGGUGACGGUUUUCUAGUUUUCCUUCUAUAACCAGUCACUUGACACGUGUCCUGAUCUGGAACACGUUCGCAGUACGUACCAUGUUACUCACAGAAAUUCAACAUAUGAGUAAUAGUUUUUAUUUUUACAAAUUUAACCAUGCAUGCAUGCAUGGGUCACGCUUGCUCCCGUAUUUUAAGGUUUUACAGUUCUGUUGCUCCUGAUGCGGUGAUGUUAAUACAAGUGAUUUCUCAUUAUCUCCCUCUGUCUUCAGAUUACACAAGAUGGUUAUAAAUUCAUAUCUAUGGGUUGUUCCUGUUUAGCAACAAUUAUUCUUAAUGAGUUGCCGGGUCUUCGAGAUGAAUGUAUUCAGGUAUGAAGUGGUUUCUCAGUAGGCCUCACCGUUUAAUUGAUAGUAGCGGAGCACCCUGGGUAAGAAAAUGAAGUAAUCUACCCAUCCGAGAAAAUUUGGUAAUCACAUGACCGUCCGUCCGCUAUUUUGGCGGGAAAUCGCGUAGCCACCGGCGUCUUGUAAAGCAGAGACAACUAAAUAGUCAAUAAAGACGAAAACAGAAAGCGGAAAUUGUUUCUGUAUCCGUGUUGUCUUAAGUAUUAAGCUUAGAUUAAUUGUCUUGUCCACAAAUUUGGAAUAUAGAGCAGGAGAAAGACAGAGAAAAAGAGAAAUUAGGCUGCAGGCCACCGAAGCUCAACGAGAAAAAAGAGAUAAAAAAACAAAGGAGACUUUUUUUUAUUGGAAGAACAACAUGAAAAUUUGUAGCGGCGGUGACAAAGUGAGAAAUGCUAGAGGCCACAAAUGCAAGGUGAAAAUGAGCGGCAGUGAAAAAAUAGUGAACGAGAACGCGUACGACAUUUCCUUCAUAAAGCGUCUAACUAAGAAGUUUCUGGAAGCUUCACGUUGUAGUCGUGAAAAACAACGGCAAAGAAAUGUACAAAAAAAGUGUGCUGCACCUACAAAGUUGCUUUUUUUGCUAAUUAGACCUGUUAUUGUUUUUUUACCGUUCUCCGGCGUUGCCUUCGCGCUUAGCAUUACACGAUUUUAUAUUUUGUUUGAACAGACAAUAAAUAUUAUCGAGAGCUUUGCUUUUAGCCCUGGCUACAUCUAUAUAUUAGUUUUUAAAUUAAAAAAAGCCAAAACUGGCCUCUAAGGAUGUCGCAGUUGAGGGGCUAAAAUGACGGCUUAAGAAGUUGUGUCAGUGGUCAAAUUUUGAAAUUUUGAAAACAAUUCUCAGUUAGGUUUUUUUUUGCGAACUGAAAUAUCAGAUUCGUUCUGGAUUUUGCUGUUUGAGUCGAUCUUAUGGCUCCUCAUAGUUACGUUGCUCAAGGUAUUUGUUCUUCAAUGUAUUUAUGAUGCACCUUCUAGUCCUCUAAUGUGACCAGCAUCUUGCAAUUAAACUUAGCGGAUUUACUGACUCAAUGGCCUUAUAUUUCUUUUGUAGGACUAAUAAAUAUGAGGUUAUGUCGAUGCAGGGUGUGUUUGAACAAACGUAAUUGAUGGAAGCGUCUUACGAUCGUGUCACUUGUCUGGUGAAUUACUUUAUUUAUGCUCGAUAAAAAUAAUUGCCCCCAAACGAAGCAAAAAGUGAAAAAACUGAGAAACUCCUCAUUAUCUGCUACUACUGUUUUCAUUUUUGGUGAGGCAACCGUGGUCAUUACUGUAUUUGCGGUUUUCGGUGGCGUGUAGUUAGUAGUCGGUAGCGGGAAAAGUGGGCUUGUACAAGAGAGGAUGAAAGGACAAUUCUUUCGUGUCUUGUAACACGAUCGCAUGACUUUUCCAUCGGUCUCUUACGACCUUUGCCUGGCUCAGCCUCCAAGCUCAGCCUUUUUAUUGUCUUUUUCUAUUUGUACAGGCCUUGACAUCUGAAUGUCGCACUUUAAAGAAUGUAUCAAUUUUAAACUCGCCUUUUUUAUCAGACGCUGCCUUUAAGUGUCUUGCAUCAUGUAGAAGAUUACACAAGGUUAGAGUGGAAGGUUAGUCACAUCCGAAACGCAAAGUGCAAAGGAGGCCCACUUUAACAGUUUUCUCCUUCCCUCUGCUAGUUACCAGGCUAUCACAGCCAGUUUAUAAUAUAUUUUGUUUCCGUUUAAGGAUGUCACUUAGUGGACUUUCUAAACGUUCCUUUUUGAUGACCCAUGGGUGCCUCGUGCAUCAAAAAAGUCAAAGUGUAGGCGGCAAGUCCUGUCACUGUGUAACCAAGUCGACCUCACGAGUUGAGGCGAGAGGAGCAAACUUUUUUGUUAGGAGUUUUUAAGCGAGCUUUCUAGGUUACGAAGAGUUGCCAUAUUAAUUCAGACGAAGGACUUUUUUGAAAGUCUCUGUAACUAUUGUAAGAGUGAACAUAUGCACAUCCUAAAAUUCUCAGUUUUGUUGAAAUUUAAAAUAAUUAACAUUCCAAGAAAAAACAUAAUUAAUAAUAAUGAUAAAAAUAAUAAUAAUAAUAGUAAUAAUAAUAAUAAUAAUAAUAAUGAUUUGGAGGUAGUACAUCCACAAAGUGGAUUAUUGCUUUUAUUAAAUUAUACCUAUGUAUUGCAUGUGUGUUAGCGUAGUAUACCCCAUUAGCAGGACUGAUGGCAGCUUGGGUUAGAGACUGAAAUAAAUUCUUGAUUAAUCGAUCGAUUGUUCGAUUAAUUCAUCAUGAGUAAAAUUUGUUAUGAUCACGCCGUCUCAAUGUCUAAAUGAGUAUAGAAAUUAAUAGACACUUCACAGUGCAAUCAGUUUGUUUCUGUUUUCAAGGAAACAAUCGUCUAACCGAUGCGUCAGUUAAAGUUUUGGCUAAGAGCUGUGCCAUGCUCGAUCACGUCUACCUUGUGGAUUGUCCCAGAAUUACUGAUCUUGCCCUAAAGGCUCUAGCUGCCUCAAAACACCUUAAUGUCGUCAAUGUUGCUGACUGUGUUAGGUAAGAUGAAAGAUAUCGUAUAGUAACGGAGUAUGAUAGUUUCACACAUUAUGAAGUAUCAGUAAUGUUAGGGUGUUUUGUUAUAACUUCUCAGAAUUGUAAAAAAAAAGAAAAAAUGCCAACACCUCUUUAAAACUGAACCGCUUCUUAUUAUUUUAUUCAAAGAAUACAAGACGCGGGGGUGAGGCAGAUUGUUGAAGGACCUUCAGGCUCCAAAAUAAAAGAACUUAAUCUAACCAACUGUGUGCGAGUCAGUGACGUUACUUUACUGAGAAUAGCGCAAAGGUAAGCUGGUUAAACAGCUGAGUUCAUGAGCCUGUGUAGUUUGGUCAUGGAUAGUAUCCAUGGUUCGGGCAAUAAGAAGUAGCAUAACUGUUAAGUAAAGGGUUAAUAAAAGCUUAAUUCAAUUUCUUAAACUAGUUGCCUGCUCUAAGUCAUGACAAUGACGUAAAUGCAGAGUUAUAGUCAUACGAAAUAUUAUUUUGAAUUUUUAAUCGAGCCAUUAAACAUUCAUCGCUCUUGUUUCAACCUGGUUCUCAGGGUUUUCUCUCUUGCCUUCAGAAAAGGAGGGAACCCUGAGAACGAGGCUGCAAUUGUUUAUCUCAUGCGUACGGUAAACACCUCAUCCUACCUACUUCCAAACGACGUGCGACCCAUUUGAUACUCUGCUCUGUACGAUUUAUCGUCAGUUGCAAUUUAGCCUGUUCUUUACCGCGCCACUCAAACUCGGUAGGGAUAGUCACGACGAACUGACACAGUCUUCUUCCUUGUACUUUGACUUUUUUGUGUUCGUUUAUUUUUAUGUUGUCAUUGUUUUUGUUUGUUUGUUUGUUUUUUCCGAUCUCCACGAGUGCUCGAAAUAGGCCGUUUGCACUCAUCGGUCACAGUCAACUAUUCAAUCAUUUUACCACAUUCUUGUGACUUACUCUGUUAAUUUGUUCCUUUUCAGGUGUCACAAUCUCGUGUAUGCUAGCUUGUGCUAUUGUGAACACGUGACUGAUGCUGGUGUUGAACUGCUGGGUACCCUCCCCUCCCUGACGUCACUAGAUUUGUCAGGGUGUAAUAUCCAGGACCAAGGAAUUGCAGCUCUGGGUAAUAACCCAAGGUUUCGUGACCUCACACUUGCUGAGUGUCCCAAUAUUACUGACCUGGGCUUACAGGUGCGUCACUGAUUAUAAGCACAUGUUUAUUCCUUACUCAACCGUACGCGCUUCUCGCGAAACUCUCCUGGAAAACGGACUGUUUUGCAGUCUAAUUGAGCUUAGGUAAGAGAGCAGAGAAGAACGCGAGAGCGGCAAACCAAGACUCUUGGACAAUCCUGGAGUUCAAAACGUUGUUGCCCCAUGGUGCUGCGGAGGUAAGUUUUCAAUCUGCGCAACGCACUGAAUGAUCGUUUUGCAGAACACAAUGUAGCAGGUGUCACUCCAAGGAUAUGUACCACAUUAGCAGACACCGGAAACAUAUCAAAUAGAUCAUUCUCGUGCAUUGUCUCCAACAUUUCUGGAACAGUCAUGUAGCUUAAUCCGCGUACACGACGAAAACUCGACUUCGAGAAUCUCGCUGUCGAUUUUGUAAAAUUUAGCAACGCGGGAGAAGCUUUCUUAACCAAGUGUAUCACUGUGACAGAUGUUUCCCAAAGCACAGAGUAUUUACUGAUCAUUUCCGCUAAACCUGAGCUCACGCUCGGACAGUACCUUGUCGAUGGACGCAAAGUAAAUACGGUGGUUAGCCUGCACAACAGACGAAACUAAAGUCUAGUUUGAGUCCGUAUGCGAAACAGCGCUAAAAUCCUGUUCUGGGCCUCCACUUUUGUACCAGGAUUUUAGUAUACGCCGUGAUUGGUACGCCUAUGAUAAGAUGAUAGUAAUGUUUACUUCAUAUGUUUGUGUUUUAGUAAUUGUAAUUUGUUAGGACAGUACAUGUGUUUGGGGGAUAUGAGUGUGUGGGAGCGCCAAGUGCUGUUAGGUUCCCCCUAUAUGCUUUUACUAGCAAGGGGUUCAUUUAUGAUUAAUGUUGAAUGUAUAUGGUUUGCAUACUUUGUUUGCCUUUGGAAAGAUGUCGCAUUUUUUUUGUCAAUACUAUACUCAAGUUUUCCCAGUUUACCAAUGCUAUACGAUUUGAAUGGCUUUAUUUUCAUGCAGCCUGCUUUGUUUACCUUUUCAGGCUAUCAUCUUUAACGAGGUUGAAAGGUUACUAUACUGGCGAAACUUUAACCUCCUGAACUAGUUUAUUGUGAUCAGCCGUGUGAAUAUACAUUGACUUCCUGUUAAGUCUUCAAAAUCUGCAAAAUCAGAUUUUUGGGAGGAAAAGAGAAGUUAAUAUUUUACGCAUGCUUUUGAUUUUUACACUGCACCUUAAAUUUAAACACUCUUUAGAUUAUUAAAUCGCAAAUAAAUAAUAAUAAUAAUUUUUGUCACAGAAAAUGUGUCAACAGUGUAGACAACUCGAGAACUUUAACGUGUCUCAUUGCAAGGUUAGUGGUCACUACUCGCGUUAAGUUGAUUGUUCUAUUUGUUGUUGUUAUUUUUUGUUCCUAGUGUAUCACACGUUAUUAUGUGCAAGUUAAGAACAAUACUCCAAAGCUUUGCCGCAUCUUGGCCACUGGAAAUACCGAAUUGUACAUUCUUAGUUUCCCUUAAUGUAGGAUUUUGUUUCCUUCCUUUUUCUCAGGGAUUAACUGACAAUGCCAUUAAAAACCUUGCGUUUUGCUGUCGUUUGCUUCGAACUCUGAAUCUUGCAGGAUGUAGCAAGGUAAGUUAAGACAGUGUAUUUUUUUUCUUUGGCUGUUUUUAAAGUAAGGUUAAUUAUAAGUAUUACAUACGGCUGCCACCGUGCGAGAAAAACAACACUUGUUCAAGGACAACGAAAAGUCCGGGAAUUUUAUGAAAAGUCAGGGAAACUCUUUAGUUCUUGUGUUUGAAAGUUGACACUGGGUGGCUGAUCGAUUUUAUCCUCCCAAUUUAAUAAAAAUCGAUCUAGAUCUGUUGAAACUGUCAAUUGGACGAAAAUGAAGAUAAAAAAGGUGAAAAACACUUAAAUACAAGGCUGGGUCAGGGCAUUUAACUAUCAACCUGCCGAAUUAUUGAAGUCUCUCUCGAAUCCCUUAUUGUCUCAAAGCCUCAAAGCGAAGCCUAUUUUACUUAAUUAAUUUGCCGAGUUGUUUAAAGCAGUCUUUAGCGAUGUCAAACUUAUUCAUUUUUCAUUGCGGUAGCCUGUUCCAGGCUCCAAGAUAGUCGUGCAGUAUAAAGUGUAUUCAGUAAAAAAAGUAUAUUCAGUAUAAAGUGAUGGGAAAAACGAGUGGGGCUGGGGAGAGAGGGGCCAACACUCCCUUCUCCAGAUCGCGCGCGUCUUAUUUUCAUUAGGCUUGUAGCACAGGCUAUCAUUGUGCUUACAAGAAAGACAGCGUAAUUCCACUUUCUCUUUACAAUACAAUACAAUACAAUACAAUGUUCUUUAUUUUGAGAGGGUAGAUAUACAUGAUUAACCCAUUUAAGAGUUUUCUAACACAUGGCCCUCUAAAACUAAAAGAAAUAUAUACAAAUAAAUUUCAAAAAUACACACAUACAAUAAUUAAUUGAAUGUAACAUUUAAAAUAUAUAUAUAUAUAUAUUUUUAUAUAUGCUUAUAUUUUCCCAUAUAGCUGACAGAUUCAAGCCUUCAGUAUUUAUCAGGAGUAUGCCAUAACAUUGAAGCAUUAGACCUGUCCGCUUGCGUUCACAUCACGUGAGUACAAUAUUCAGUUAUUUCCUGGCUGACAGUUUGCCUAGUAACAUCGAAUUUUUCUCCCUUGCUGCCGCAGUCUUUGUCCCGUAACGUUGCUUACCGUAGCCUGCGAGAACAGCCGUUUCGCCGCUGGGAACCGUCUUCAGCGGCGAAGAGCGAGGAGAAACGGCUGUUUUCGCAGGCUAUGCUUACCGUAACACCGCUUUAAUUCUCUCCAUUUACAUUCUCUUUUAGAGACAAAUCACUGAGGUAUUUGAGGAAGGGAUGUAAGAGGCUGUCUUCACUGACGAUACUUUACUGCAGAAACAUCACCAAAUCAGCAGUUCAAAAGCUUCAGACCAAAUGUACACAUGUCCUUCAUAGUACUGAUGAUCCAUCCCCAGCGCUAGGCUACUAA